AUGAAUUUCGACGAGUGGCAGCGAGUGGAGGAAACGGCAAUUGGAGACAAAUGUCUUCAAAAAAUGGAUGAAUUAGAAACCAUUUUAUUAGCUACCAAAGAAGCAUGUAUCACAGAUCCUGCCAAUGUGUCGAAGCAACUCAGCAGUUCUUGCACAAAAACAGAGCAAGUCUUUGAUGAUAUGAAAAAGAUAGAAAAGAAAUUCAAUUCUUCCAUGAAUAAAUUUGGAAAAGUAUUAGAUCGGAAAUUUAACUUCAACCUGGAAGAUAUCAGCUUACAGUCUUCGUUUGAAGACAAGAAGAAAGAGCUAAACACCGCAUUGGCAUUGCAUUUCUUUCGCCAAGGAGAAACUGAAAUUGCUCAUUCCUUUUGUAAAGAAGCUGGAAUCGAGGAACCACCCAACAUGGUUCGGGCGUUUACACUUCUCAACACUAUCCUUCAGGGAAUCCGUCAGCAUGAUUUACAGUCUGCAAUUGAUUGGGCGCUUCAAUGCCGUGGAUACUUGGAAAGAAAGGGAAGUAAUUUGGAGUUUAUAUUACGUCGACACCAGUUACUGAAUGAAUAUUUUCAAACCAAGGAUGUUUUAGCGGCUAUCCAUUACUGUCGCACAUAUUUGACGGAAUUCCAAGAAAAGCACUUGAAAGAAAUUCAAAAGUUAAUUGGUGCGUUAUUUUUUAGUUCUAGAAGAGCUAAUCUUGUUUCCUCCAAAACGAAUGGAUUCCACGAUGGUCUUCCCAGAGAACAAUACGGAAUAGAGCAGAUUGCGAACGACGUUCCAGAAGAUUAUCGAAAAGCUUUACGGCUAGAUUGGAAACAUUUGGAAUUAAUUUUCGUACGUGAAUUUUGCGCUGCUUUAGGAAUGUCUUUAGAUUCUCCCGUGGAUAUCGUAGUCAAUGCUGGCUCAAUUGCUUUGCCGGUUUUGUUAAAGGUGUCUAAUAUCAUGAAGCAAAAGCAUACUGAAUGGACUUCCCAAAAUGAAUUACCGGUUGAAAUACAUUUACCUACAAACUACCACUUUCACAGUGUAUUUACAUGUCCUGUCAGUAAAGAACAAGCUACCGAAGAGAACCCUCCCAUGAUGAUGGCUUGCGGCCAUGUCAUUGCUCAAGAAAGUCUUCGACAACUUUCCCGAAAUGGUUCUCAACAUUUUAAAUGUCCCUACUGUCCCAAUGAAAAUGAUGCUGAAAGCUCUACUCGAGUGUAUUUUUAA